GGGUGAACCACUGCAUUUAAAACAGGCCAAUCUGCUUAACUUUUUUGUAGAGCCUUAUUAUUAUAUAAAUGGUAAGUUAUGCCUUUGAUUAACAUCACAUUGGUUGAAGUUGAAGACUCUUAAUUAAUUGUUGAGAUGGCUAGUGUGGUAAAGGAGCGUUCAGGGGCAGAGAUAGUGUAUGGUUCUGAAGAGUGUUAUCGCCACUCCAUAGAGCUCUUAGAAGAGUUGGGUUUCCCAAAGGGUGUUCUUCCCUUGCAAGACCUGGUGGAGUGUGGUAGGGUUAGAGAAACUGGGUUUGUGUGGAUGAAGCAGAAGGCACCUUAUGAGCAUUUCUUUGAGGGAACCAACACGAGGGUGAGCUAUGCUGUUGAGGUCACUGGCUAUGUGGAGAAGUUUAGGAUGAAGAAAAUGAGUGGCAUUAAGAGCAAGCAGAUGAUGCUGUGGGUGCCAAUAACUGAGAUGAGCAUUGAAGAUCCUAAGGGGCAGAAGAUACUCUUUAAGACCCCUAUGGGGAUUGGAAAGUCCUUCCCUAUCCUGGCUUUCAUGACCCCAGAGGAAAAGGAAAAGCACCUGCUGUUGCAGUAUAAGGAGAUUCAAGAAAACAGUUAGCUUUCCACGUAUACCAUGAAUUCAUAUUAUGAUACUGUUGAGGUCCUCAUCAUGAAUAAUGACCAACUAGAGUAUUUAAGAAAGUUUUAUUAUACUAGUUUAAUUUUUAUGUACUCUCACAAUUGACAAUUUUAUGCUAUAAAUUAAUCAGAAGUUAUUAUUAGUAUAAAUUUUAAGAUAUUUAUUGUAAAAAUCAACAUGCUGUACAUGACAAAUUGUUAUCAAAUGAGAAGUGUAAAAAUCCUUUG